CGGAUAUAGAGCACGUGAAUUCUCGAUACUUUGCGAGAUAGCGCUUAAUCUCUCUCUGGGAGCUCUGUUACUUUGUGUUCGUAGAAUUUUCGAGGUUUGGUAUGAUGUGGGAGGCAUAAUUUUUUUUUUUAACAUUUAUGUUAUGUGUAACUGUUAGAUUCGAUUCGCAAAGAAUAUUUUGAGAAAUUUCAGCAAAGUCGCCGGCAGAGAUCCAACAUGGCUCAGGCUCAGACUGCUGGAAAUCAAGCGUUACCACCAGAGGAAGUUGGGUACAUUGCUGACAAGAUUGUGAAAGCAGAAAAAAGAAUCAAGGCAUAUCCCUAUGACACAGAAGCAUGGAGUAUUCUCAUCAGAGAUGCACAGAUGCGGAAAAUUGAGGAGGCUCGGCCUAUAUAUGAACGUCUAGUGGAGCAGUUUCCAAGUGCAGGCAAAUAUUGGAAGAUUUAUAUUGAGCAAGAGCUGAAGGCAAAAAACUUUGAAAGAGUAGAAAAGCUCUUCCAGAGAUGUCUUAUCAAGGUGCUAAACAUAGAUCUAUGGAAGCUGUACCUCAGCUAUAUCAAGGAAACCAAAGGCAGCUUACCAUCAUACAGAGAGAAGAUGGCUCAAGCAUAUGAUUUUGCACUGGAGAAGAUCGGAAUGGACAUAAUGUCCUACCAGAUCUGGGUUGAUUAUAUCAAUUUUCUAAAGUCUGUGGAGGCUGUUGGAACAUACGCAGAAAAUCAGCGGAUCACAGCAGUGCGAAAAGUUUACCAAAGAGGAGUGGUUAAUCCUAUGAUCCACAUUGAAAUCUUGUGGAAAGAUUACUGUGCCUAUGAAAAUAGUAUCAAUUCACUGAUUGCAAAGAAAAUGACAGAGGACAGAGGUAGAGAAUACAUGAAUGCACGGCGAGUAGCAAAAGAGUUUGAGGCUGUUACACGUGGCCUGGAUAAAAACAGCCCUUCUGUACCUCCACAGAAUACAUUCCAGGAGCUCAAACAGGUAGAACUUUGGAAAAAAUACAUUGCUUGGGAAAAGAGUAAUCCAUUGCGAACAGAAGACCAUGCAGUUAUCACUAAGAGAGUGAUGUUUGCAUAUGAACAGUCUCUGUUGUGCCUUGGCCAUCACCCAGACAUCUGGUAUGAAGCGGCAUCCUACUUAGAGCAGUCCAGCAAACUGCUUACAGAAAAAGGUGACCAAAAUGUUGGCAAGCUCUUUGCAGACGAGGCUGCAGCAAUAUACGAGCGAGCAAUUACCAGUCUCAUGAAGUCCAACAUGCUCAUAUAUUUUGCCUAUGCAGACUUUGAGGAGACCCGCAUGAAGUAUGACAAAGUCCAUCAGAUAUAUAAGCGACUAGUGGAUAGAGAAGAUGUGAAUCCCACUCUGCCAUACAUACAAUACAUGAAGUUUGCUCGUCGAGCAGAAGGCAUCAAAUCUGCACGUUCAGUGUUCAAGGGUGCACGAGAAGACAAACGUUCUCAGUACCAUGUCUAUGUAGCUGCUGCUUUGAUGGAGUACUUUUGCAGCAAGGAAAAGACCAUUGCCCUCAAGAUAUUUGAGCUGGGGCUGAAAAGGUUUGCAGAUAUUCCAGAGUAUGCCUUAUGCUACAUUGACUUCAUGUCUCAUCUCAAUGAGGAUAACAACACACGAGUAUUAUUUGAACGUGUCCUUAGUUCUGGAUCCUUAACACCAGAGAAGUCAAUGGACAUCUGGAGUAAGUUUCUGGCUUUUGAGUCUCAAGUUGGGGACUUAGCAAGUAUUGUUAAAGUGGAGAAAAGAAGAGCACAAACCAUUGAAAAGGUGCAAGAGUUUGAGGGCAAAGAGACUGCAUUGCUCAUUGACCGGUACAAGUACUUAGAUCUGCUGCCAUGUUCAGAAAGUGAACUCAAAGCCAUAGGUUACAUGGCUCUCAUCAAACAGAACGUAGUACAGCUCCCCACUGGCCUAGGAUCCAGUUCCUUGCUGCAGACACCUUCCAUCACUGAAGAGACAGAUGAAGCCAAACGACCUCAUUAUCCUAAACCAGAUGUUGACCAGAUGCUUCCAUUCAAACCUCGUACAGUUGUUCCUCCUGGCUCCCAUCCAGUUGCAGGGGGUGUGUUUCCUCCACCUCCAGCUGCAGCUGCCCUUCUGCAGCUCAUGCCACCACCCCAGUGUUUCAUGGGCCCUCAUGUUAUUAUGGAUAAAUUCCUGGAACACAUGAUGAAUCUAAAACUACCUAGUGCUCCUGUAGGGGUCACCAAUGGCACUGAUGGUCAGUUCCGCAUUGACCCAGGUACACAGUAUUCCAUGGAGAUUGCAAUGGGUUCCAGAAAGCGCCGACACACUGACCAGGAUGAAAGUGAUGAAGAAACUAACGAUUCCUCUUUAUCAGCACCCAUCAACGACAUUUACAGGAGUCGGCAACAAAAGAAGGUCAAGUGAUGAAACAAGAAAGAAUGGCCAGAACUAGACACCAUUAUUUGUUUCGUAUGAGGCAGCAAUUAAAGAAAGACUUUGCUGGCUGUUGUUUGUGAAUUUUAAAUUGAAAAGACUCAAUGACCGACAGUCAGCUACAUCUAUGCUACACUCCUUACUGAUGUUUUGCAUUUAAUAUGAUUCUGUUCCACUCAAGGUCUUUAUGAGAACUUUGUAUGUGAACCUGUUGAGAUCUGCUGGGUUUAGGAAGUGAGUGCAAUGAUGCUACAACAGAUUUUAUAGAGAGAAUACUUUUAUAAUAAACAGUAAGGGCUGUUCACCAUUAUUCACAAUGAUUGGACAGACUUUUUAGCCUCUCCAUUGCUAAAAAUCGCCUUUCAAAAUUGUAUGUGCAUUUGAUCCCACUUUCAUAGGUUCAUCACAUGCUGAGAUUUUUAAAUCUUGUUUCUAUAGUUGUGACUAUCAACCAGAGCAUAGUAAAAGAGGGGUAUUGGCAGUAAUGCUGUCUUUGGAUGGCCACUGUGUAUUGGUAGUUCCCAUUAACAUAGCUUCUGUCUAGCUGUGAUAGUUCAUUGAGCCCCCCACCCCAUUUGGUGUUGCAUUAUGAUUUAAGUGUACAGACAUGAGCUUAGGAUUUGAAGGGGUUGGGGGUUCAGGGUUUUUUGUCAGAUUUCUCUUGCUUCAUUAUUUCACAUUAAUCCUUCUUUUCCUUCUGUUCAGCAAAUGCAUUAAUGAAUGGCCUUUGUUUCUUGUGAAAACAUGGCAAGAGAAGGCUAUACUAAUAGGAAUGAUUGGAAGUACUUCAUGCUCAUUUUAUAUGGAAAGUUUUUUUAUCUUUGCCAUCUUUCUUUUCUGCAUGUUUUGUGAAAGUUUGUAGGGGUGAGGAAGAUAAAAUAAUGUUCUGUCAGAUGUAUGAAAUUUUUGUGGGAAGGUGCGUUGCUGAUUGGAGGUGACUGUUUGAAAAGUGGGUGUCGCAGAUGAAAAUUAUAUGAAUGUAAAUGCAAAUUAAAGCUGUACAAAAUGGAAA